AUCCUCACACCUGGCCAACCUGAUGAGGUUCACCACAAGCUAUAUCGCUGAAGACGGAAAAUCAGCCUGUAUUGACUCAUCUGGGUUCAUCGCACAUGGAGCAAAGGUUUACGUCAUCGUGCGUUGUCACAACCACGCCGGACAGUCUGCCACAGCCAGCUCAGACGGAGUGGUCCUGACCUCUGUGCCCCCCAGUAUUGAGCACGCCUAUGUCACGGUUGUGGUCGAGCCCGUGACUCAGUACGCUCCCAGGAAUCACUACCAGUACUCCCCGGACAGACUGCACAUCGCCUGGGGAGGGUUUGUGGACCCGUCCGGUAUCCAGUACUACGAGUACAUGGUCGAGGGUCCAGACUUCACCUCAGCAUGGCAGGAGGUGUCCUGGACAGGAGAGCACACGGCGACCCUGACUGACCUGCAGCUCGUUCCCGGGGCCACCUACAUCGUCAGUGUCCGGUCUGUGAACUUCCUGGGAAUGCAGAGUGACUCUGUCUCCACGGAGAUCAACAUCGCACUUCAGGGGAGGCCUUCUGCCAACCGUAGGUUUAAUUUUAUCAUCGCAUAA